AAACUGCACUCCAGAGGGCUGUGGGCUUUUUAGACGCUUUCUGUGUUCUGAGGAGACAAAACGCGCUGAUUAUAAUCUGCGAUAAGUAAUCAGCUUUUAUUCUGUUUGAUAUUUUUAUCCGUAGCUGCUUUAAUUGGACUGGUGUGAACCUAUUGUGUGAUUCAGGUUCGGCCGUCGCUCGUCAUGGCUCACUUUGGUUUCGAGAAUGAUAUGCAGAACGUGUUGAAGCUGGACAUGCCCAUCACCAACGCCCCGAUGGCCAGGUGGCAGAGGAAAGCCAGCACGUCCGCUUCGGCCAACGCGAGCGCUCUGUCACCGAGCAAAAGCGCCAACCGGUCUCUCAGCAUGUCCAAAACGCCGAGCAGAACACCGGGGAAGAACGGUAAGAACCAAAGCACACCCUCGAAGGCCGGAGGAGACAGAUUCAUCCCCGUCAGAAACGCCAAACAGUUGGACGUGGCGAGUUUCCUCAUCUCCAAGGAGAACGAGCCGGUCGAGGAAGCGGCGGCGUCCACACAAACUAAUCAGAAGGCCUGGUCCGUGACUCUGAACGGAUGCGACAUCGAAGAGGCCAAAAUCCUGCACCUGGGAGGAAAGCCUCUUAACGCCCCCGAAGGUUACCAGAACAACUUGAAGGUUCUGUACAGCCAAGUUCCCACACCCGUGUCGCUGAAGAAGACCCGCUACAUAUCUUCGGUUCCAGAGAGGAUUCUCGACGCCCCCGAGAUCAGGAACGACUUCUAUCUGAACCUGAUGGACUGGGGCAGACUGAACGUUCUGGCCGUGGCUCUUUCGGAAUACGUGUACCUGUGGGACGCGGCGACGGGGAUGAUCGUGCUGCUGAAAAAGAUGGAGGAAGAGAACGGCUACGUGACGUCCGUCUCCUGGAGCAAAGACGGAAACUUCUUGGCCGUCGGGACGAGCGACUGCAAAGUGGAGCUGUGGGACGUUCAGAGUCAGAAGCGUCUGCGCAGUAUGGACGGUCAUCGUGCCAGAGUCAGCUGCUUGAACUGGAACGAUCACGUCCUAUCCAGUGGUUCCAGGUCCGGUUUGAUCCACCAGCACGAUGUCCGUGUCGCCAAUCAUCACCUGUUCACACUCAGAGGUCACACGCAGGAGGUGUGCGGUCUCACCUGGUCUCCCGAUGGUCGCUAUUUAGCCAGCGGCGGCAACGACAACCUGGUGAACAUCUGGCCGAGCACGCAGGGCGGAGCUCAGACGGCCGUGCACUCGUUCAGCGAACACCAAGGAGCCGUGAAGGCGUUGGCGUGGUGUCCGUGGCAAUCGAGCAUCCUGGCAUCGGGAGGAGGAACCAGCGACCGCCACAUUCGCAUCUGGAACGUCAACAGCGGCUCGUGCGUCACUUCCUGGGACACGCAGUCUCAGGUCUCAUCUCUCGUGUUUGCACCGAACUACAAGGAGCUCAUCUCGGGUCACGGUUUCUCACACGACAAGAUCUUCAUCUGGAAAUAUCCCUCGCUCGCUAAGGUGGCCGAGCUCGAAGGGCACGAAGGCCGCAUCCUGAACAUCGCCCUCAGUCCCGACGGCACCACCCUGGCGUCCAUCAGCUCGGACGAAACCAUCCGCCUGUGGAAGUGUUGCGAGAAAGAUCCCACCAAAAAAGCCAAGCCUGCGAGCAGCAGCAUCAUCCAGCAGCACAUCCGAUAAGCGGCGUUUUUAAUCACACAGACACACUAAGUUAAUGUACAAAUGCGUUCUUGUAAAAUUCAAAUAAAGAUUUUGUUUUGGUAUUUCAUUUGUUUUCUGAAACGUGCUUCUGCAUUUCUUGUGUAUGUGUGUACGGGGAUUUUUUUUUUUUAAUUUUUUAAAAACUUUUUAAUUUUUUUAUUUUUUGUGUACUCCUUGUAUUGAACACAUUUUAAUGUUCAAUGUUUUUAUGAAUAUGCUUUACAAUCAUGGUUGCCUUUAAGUUUGUGACUUGACUCCGAAGUGACACGAACGCGGUGCCGUCGACGUGGCCGGGACGUUCGUGUCUUUAGUAAAAUGCUCGUUUGUCUUGAUUAAGUGCUGUUAAAGAUGGUGGAAGCUUGACCGGUAGGGAAGGAGUCUCCGUUGUCAGUACUGUAACAGUAGGAGUUUCAAGUUGUCUGAUUAUUAUUGCAAAUUGCUGGACGGCCUGCUGUUUUAAAUAUUUUUAUUUAAAUUGGAGAGAAUAGAGAGGCAGAGCUGACACCUGUUUAUAGCUGCUCUAAUGUAAGUGACAACAGGAGCUCACUCGUUUUGUGGAUGUUCCACAGCAUUAAAGAUAACUAAAUGGAUUUUUAAAAAAAUUUUUUUAAUGUCAAAUCGCUGUUGUAUUAAAGAGUCUGUUCUGUACUUCAGUUUCUGUGGUGGCUUUUUUUCAGGCAGAAAACUACUUGAAUCUGUGAAAUCGCAAAUGAAGUUGUUCUGUGUGGUGGUAGUGUUUGUUGGUAAAUGAGACUGUAGCUGUAUGAGUGUUUGACGCACGUGAACUGAAGAGGGAUUUGACUGAACGAGCGCUGUCACGACCUCACAGGACUCCUCGGAAUCCUGCAGCGUUUCAUCGAGUCUGUGAUCAAACCCGUAGAGGGACUGACGAGGAAUGAAACACUGGUAUGUGCUGUUACGGGAAGAUAAUCCACCUCGCUGUAGGAGUGACUUCAUCACACCAGCCGAGCAUCAUGGGAUUGAUUUUCUUACCGCAUCACCCGUGUCUUAUUCCACUCAGUCUUAAACAGCUGCACUCCACAUGAAAACAUUGAAGACCUCAGAACAUUUCAUCUAGAGUCAAAGUUAUAUACCACACUGUGUUUUAGCAAAAGUUUUAGCACCCCCUUAAGUACAAACUUCAUUAUAGAUUUUUUUUCUUUUUAAUUUGAUGACUUCUACAUCAUCAGUACAGAAACAAUUUUUGAUUCCCAAACAUUAGUUUUCCAGCACAAAAUUAAACAUUGUCAGUAAAGAAAGCAGUAUAUUAAGUGGUAACAGAAUUAUGAAGGCUGCAACAAUAAGAAGCGAGUGCAAAGUCUCUGGCAGAU